UUGAUACUCUUACCUUCCCUAAUACAACUAACGAACGCAAACCCUAGGAAAGAAAUCGUGGUGCAGAAGUGCAAAACGAUACAUUCUCACAACGUAACACAGUUUAUACAGAACUACAAAGCAAGUGCAGAAAUGGUGAGAACCCAAAUCAGACGAAGCUUAUUUGGGUUUGGAAUUAAUGGAGAACCUCCAGACAGGGUAUACCUUAUGGCCCAAUGCCAUUUCGAUCUCACCAAAUCCGAUUGCUUGACCUGUUUCCAAACAGCCAACGAAAUGCUCUCUAGUUGCAUUCCGUUCAACGGUGGCCGUAUCUUCCUUGACGGUUGUUUCAUGAGGUCUGAGAAUUACAGCUUUUAUAACGAUCCCUCUACAUUCUCAGAGAAGGGAGUAUCCGAGAAGACAGAAGUGUCUGCAUCGGCCAUUUGCUGGAAGCUGACGGACAAAGGAACAUGUCACACUUGCCUUAAAAAUGCAAAGAAAUCUAUCCUCCAUUGCCUGCCCAAAACAGAGGCUCGCGUUGUUACUGAUGAUUGUUUUCUGAGAUAUGCUGAUUAUCCUUUCUUCAACCCACUCAAAAAACAAGAAAUGAGGAAUUCUCUUAUUACAUUGGUCAUUUUUAUUCUGGUUAUUGGUGUUGGCUCCGUGGGAGCGAUUGCAAUCGGAGUUGUUGUUGGUUGCAUGGUUCAUGCUAGAAUACACAGGGAGCGAAGUAAAAUUAAAGGAAUAGGUAUGAACUUAGCAGCAUUAUUCAAAAGUAGCUUGAACUUUAAAUACUCAACCUUAGAGAAAGCAACACAGUUUUUUAAUGAAAUGAACAAGCUUGGGGAGGGAGCAUCUGGUGAAGUUUUCAAGGGAUGCUUGGCAGAUGGCAGAGAAAUCGCAGUAAAGCGGUUAUUUAUUAGCUAUAAGAGUCGAAGUGAUGAGAUUUACAAUGAAAUGUACAUCUUAACUCACACACAGCACAAGAAUUUAGUUCGUUUUCUGGGUUGCUGCCUCACAAACGAUGUUACGCUUUUUGUCUAUGAAUUUUUUCCAAACAAGAGCCUUGACAACUUCCUUUUUGAUCCAGAGAAGAGAAAAGAACUAGACUGGAAGAAAAGGUCUGGGAUAAUAAUGGGAACUGCUGAAGGUAUACAAUACCUUCACAAUGAUUGUGAAUGUUUAAUUGUUCACAGAGAUAUUAAGGCGAGUAACAUCUUACUAGACUUGAGAUAUAGACCAAAGAUCGCAGAUUUUGGUCUAGCAAGGUUCUGCUCGAAAGACAUGUCCCUUGACUGCACUCCUAUUUGCGGCACAUUAGGGUACAUGGCACCAGAGUACUUGGCUAAUGGCCAAUUAAGUGAGAAAAUUGAUGUUUAUAGCUUUGGAAUUCUUGUACUUGAAAUCGUCAGUGGCAUUAUGAAUAGCAAGUUCAAGCAAGACGAAUCACUCGACACUCUAGUUACUAUUGCAUGGAAGCACUUUCAGUCAAAUACAGUAAAGGAAAUCAUAGAUGAAUAUUUGGAGAUUGAUGACAUGGAACAUGUCAUACGAGUUAUUCAUGUGGGUCUUCUGUGCACUCAGCUAUCUCCCUCUUUGCGUCCUACAAUGGCACAGGCAAUUGAAAUGCUUAUACAAAAGGACUUGGAUCUCCCUACUCCUUCAAAACCUCCUUUUGUUGCCAAUUCUACGAAGCUUUCACAUCCCUUAUUCUCUUGUGAAAAUCCCUCUGAACCAAUAUUGUCUAAUUCAUGUAAACCUCGUUAUAGUGAUUGUGAGACCCAAUGACACUAAUACAUAAUU